GUAGUCGAUAACAAAUGAUCUGACUUCAAAUCAUAACAACUCUAUUCCUAAGCUCAAAUAGCUAUUGACCCUAUUAUAAUUCCACAAUCUCAAAACCUAUAUACACUCAACAUAACACAAUCUUUUUCAAAGUUUAUUUUUCCACAUAGAGGCAGCUGGUUCUGUUUCAUUUCCAGCUCCUUCCCAAAUCAAUCUCUGUUGCAAGGCUGGCCAUGGAGUCCGCUUCAAGUCAUCACUUCACUUACACUAGCAUAUAAAUAACCUCCUCGCGCAUAUUGCUACCAUCGCUUCAAGCUUUAGUGGUUACGAAAAGUCGAACCAAUAUGGCAACUUGGACAGUCGCAACCCUCCAGUCGCUGUUGGUCUCUCUGUUUGUUCUUGUGGGUUCUGCAUUUUCUGCUGCAAACUUGAACGAAGAGAUCGACCUCACCUGGGGCGGCGACCGUGGCCGGAUUUGGGACGGCGGCCGCUCGCUCUCCCUCACCCUCGAUAAAGACUCCGGCUCUGGGUUCCAGUCCAAGCGAGGUUUCCUCUUCGGGAGGAUCGAUAUGGAGAUCAAGCUCGUUUCCGGCAAUUCUGCUGGCACCGUCACGGCUUACUAUCUGUCAUCUGAAGGACCGUUCCACGCACAUGAUGAAAUUGAUUUCGAGUUCUUAGGGAAUCUCAGUGGCGAACCUUACACCCUUCAUACCAAUGUCUACGUUCAAGGCCAAGGAAGCAGGGAACAACAGUUCCAACUCUGGUUCGAUCCUACCAAGGAUUUCCACAUGUACUCCAUCGUUUGGAACCCUCAUGGUAUUAUAUUCUUGGUGGACAACCAUCCAAUCCGUGUCUACGAGAACAAAGAGAGAAUUGGGGUCCCUUUCCCCAAGACCCAGCCCAUGAAGCUCUACUCCAGCCUCUGGAACGCCGACCAAUGGGCCACAAGAGGUGGGCUGGUGAAGGCGGACUGGUCCAAGGCCCCUUUUACGGCCCGUUACAGAAACUUCAACGCCAAGUCUUCUUGCUUUUCGACUGGGUCGGGGCAAUGUGAUCGUAAAUCCACGGUGGCCGGUGGCGAAUACGGUAACUGGAAGACUCAGAGGCUGGACGCCGGCGGUCGGAGAUGGUUGCGGUGGGUGCAGAAGUAUCAUAUGAUCUACAACUAUUGUGCCGAUCGCAAGCGCUUCCGAAAGGGACGUCCACGCGAGUGCAGGCUAUAAACCAAGAGUAUUAAUUAUAGUCAAGUGUGAUUUUAAUUAUCUCAAAUAAUUUCGUUAUAAUAAUACAUUUUAAUUUUUUUAUAUAUUAUUUUAUUUUCUUCUCCUUUUUGGAAUAGCACUAAAUAAUAUCAGCUCCCGACUCUCAAAUUCGGGCUCCGCAUCUGUGUUCACUUGUUGUAUGGAGAUUACUAUUAUUGUUGUUCCCAUCGACUUCUCAAAUAGUUUUGGUUACUGAUUUUAGUAUCUUUUAAUAUCUGACCCAAGAUUGUUGAAGAGGGGUGUCGAAAGAGUAUCGGUUAUAAUUAUUAAAGUGGUAUCGGAAUU